GAAAGUGGCAAUUACUCAAUGUUUGGAACAUUCUUUCAGAUAAGUGCGCACCGUGUACCCUGUCCGAUUCGGAACAAUAUCAUACCAAGUUUAAUCAACCUCACAGCCAUCGGCAAAGGCGAUCAGAGUCAAGGCAUGCCCACGGGGGUCAGCAAAAACAGCGUCACGUUGGGCGUCUGGUUUGCAAAUUUCAUAAUUUCUUGACUAAUGGGAACCGAUCCGUGUACCUCCUCGCCCACACACGAGCACACGCGACACAAACGGGCCAGUCCGGGUCGGUGCUUGCAAAAUGCAAAUACGUCUUGCGAUUCUCGAAUGAAUUGCAUUAAGAUAAGGAUGGCAUGGAAAGCUUCUCAGCGAGCGCGUCGGGGGUUUCGUCGCUUGUUGUGAGUUUUUGCUUCUUCUUCCAUUCAUCACGCUUAUCAAAGAGGAUGGGAAUGUUGUUUUGAAUGAGUCGCUUUUUUGUUUGCUAAAAGACAAACCAAACUGUUGCUCACUCAACCAACAUCACUUGAGGAAGUUCUCCAUUGAUCGUGUAAUAGCUUUCUAGCGAAACGCUUUAGAACUCACUGACGCAUACAAACAAUUCCAUUAGUUUGGUCCAAUAAAAUCAAUCAACAGCUACAGAGAUUUCCCCAAAAUGUUACAGAUUGGAUCGCUUCCCCCUUCUCCGUACUGGUGGAGCCACAAGUGCAUCAAUUCCGCAUCCGUUGUCCAUUUGUUCCGGGCCACCGAAGGACACGUGCCGUGCCGUUUGCAGAAAGAAAUUGCAUUCGCAGAAGUGGCUCCGGGCUCGCCCUUGGGCCGUGAGUGAGUGACAUGGGCAAACACGGGCAAAAGCGUGGGGCAAUUUAUCUACCCCGGCGCUGGUGAAUGGGGCAGAGCGCGCGGCACGAUAAGAAAGCGCAUUCCAACCAUCGUUUCGUUAAGUCAGCCACAGCCUGUCAUCUUCGUCAUCUCGUGGGCACAACAGCAGGCUCAGCGGCAGAAUGGCAGCAAAGGCCACCGCACGGUUCAUGGCUCGAUCCUCGAUCCGAUCAUCAUCCACACCACCAUCUGUUUCGAAUCUCGCUCGCUCCCGUACUCCCCUUACCCGGAAAGGGCAAUGAAACCUCUGAGCGCGGUUAUUCAAGGAUGAGGGGAUUUUCAUUUCGCACCUCUCGCCGUUCGGCGAUCGAAUCAUCGCGAUCGAAUCACUGGACGUGCAGCUCGGGGGUUUGCAUAUUGCGUGCGUGCAUGUUAUUCGGCGCCUUGGUCAGAGCGUGUUCGUUUGUGCGAUCACGGCGAGGCAGAGGCGGAAUUGGAAACAUACUCUGGGUCCCUCCGCACGGUGGGCAGUGCACGGGAAGAAGGGUGUGCCGUCCUGUCUAGACACACCGUACAAUGUUGCGCUGUGUGCAACCCGACAGAGACAGAGAGUGGUGCAUUUGGCGGCGCACGAGAAGCAAAAAAUGUCUCAAGAAAUGAAAUCGAAAGCAAAUAAGCUUAAAAAAGUCCGAACACCCGACAAAACUGCACAUUGCGAGAUUAUUUCCUGCGCCGAUGACGGGGUUUGGAAUUUUGCAUUGGGCCGCGAUCGACAGAAACCGCCGCCGCCCGUCCUCCGGGCUGGGAUGGUGCAGGAAGAAGGAUCUUUUAAACUCUUCUAGACCAAUCUCCAACAAAGAGAGAGAGAGAGAGAGAGCGGAAGGAGCGGAAGGAGCGGGGUUUGUUGUCUGUGCCACUCCGCGUACCUCCGCAAAGCAUCCUUUUAAUUUGACAGGUCUGAGCGCGAUCGACCGCCGAAGCUUUACCUUCCCUCUCUCCAUACAGGCUACUCUAUAGAAACCGUUUAUGCUUGGCUGCAUGAUAGUGACAAGGUAAACCGGAAAACCGUAUGUUGAUCAAAGUACCUCCACAAACACACACACACACACAAACGCCGAGCUGCAUACGACAUUCGACCUGCAAAUUGAUUUAUUGCGCACGGCCCAGACGGCGUACAUAGAGGCUGGCUGGUCAGUUUUUGUGUGUUUGUUUAUCGUGUUGAAUGAGGCCUGUUGCCUUCUGUCGCCCCAUUUCGGUUAAUCGUUUCAGAUACAAAGAUCCACUCGAGUCGACGGACGGCGCAGAAAGUGGAGCCACCUUAAUGGCAGGAAUGGUAUGGAAUGUCCUGUCUGAAGAGGAUGUGGAGUGCGAGACGGAGAACAUUCCACACUUCAAAGAAUUAAUAACCCAUAUCCCUCUCUAGACGGGUCCGGGACGAGCGCUCGCGGGAACAAAGACCAACGACGGACACGGAACCAGCGGUCCAUCCACAAGGAUCAACAUCCCCACCGUCGUACACCGGUAAUGUGUGCUUCUUCGGGGGAACUAGUCCUUGGCGGCGACCUUCGCAAAACGGCCACGAACGAGCUUUAAUCGCGUUUCGCGUGCCGAAGAAUGCCGCGUGGCGCGUAAUUAGAUCGCAAACGCCUGGCGACUUUUUUUCUCUCUGCAUUCGCUCCAUUCGCGCUGCUCCGUGUGAUUCGCGACUGUUUGACUGUUUGUUUGUUGUGCUGGGAAUUAAAAGAUGCAUUUACCCUUCCACCGGCGGCCUUAGCCGGGGACGACACAUUGCAAUCAGCACCGAAUGCCAGUGAUUAAAUGAUUACUGCAACGCAGCAUCGCCCUUAUGCUGGUCAAUUAGGGCGUGAUCCUUUGGGACGUCAGGCCCUGUAACUGGGAGGAUCCGAUCAUUAAGCUCCGGUCGGCUCUAUGUCUUAUUUUCACCUUGAAACGGACGUGCGUAGUAGCUACAGCAAACAACUCGUUAAAUGGAAUUGGCGGUAAAUGAUAGUGUUUAGUGCGCAGGGACGCGAAAAUGGUUACCCGCUCGACAGAAGGGUAUUGAUUAAAUUUACAUCUUCAGAAGUUGGCGGAGUCGAGACUGUAGAAUCAUGCAGAUGGAAAGUUUCUUCAUUACUUAAUUAAGGUUUCGCUUUGCUCCGCUUUUAGGUAACGCCGUGUGCAGCGACUUCUACAGAUAUAUCUUUUUAACCUUGAAAUUCCGUGCGCCUAACCUUUGACUAAUGAGAUGUCGCUCGAGACACCUUUAAAAAUGUCUCAAAUACCUCCACCAGCGGGUAUCGGAGAGGGUCAAUCACAUUCGUCGGAAGAAAAGUAUCGGUUUCGGUUCAAUGAGUUCAUUCAUCCGAGCGAAAUGCCGAUCCGUGACCGUCCGUGACACUCGCGCACCACAACACGAGCAUUAUGGCGGCCGCGGAGGGGAGAGAGAGAACGAGAGGCGAUCUUUGGACGAGCUGGAAAUGGAACGAUCGACCUCCAAAAGUGUGCUGUCGCCUCGCCACUCCAAUCGAAACGUUAUGCGGCGGCGCCUGGCUCUCUGUCACAACCGAGCCAGGCUCCGAAUGUGUCACCGCGGUGUCACAACAAGUUGCGAGGCACCACCGCGCAGGCAGUGGUAGGCUUUUCGGGGGUCUCCUUUUUGGGGCCUACCGACGACCGGGGUGGCGCAUGAAUCACGCGCAUUUUGGGGUUCGCCCGGUUCGAAGCCGUCCUGAAGGUCUCUCCCUCGCAGGUCGUGCCAUCGAAAACGGCAUCAUUUGUAGACUUCCUGCUGCUACCUUUCGGGGUGUGCUAGGUAGAAGAUCGUGCCAGGGGCUGUAAAGUGUCUGAUACGCUGGGGUUUUUGGGGCCGUUGGGCGUCUGUCCUACAAGCAGCAGCAAAGAAACGGACUGUUUGAUUAUGUUUUUUUGCCCUUAGAGAGGAGUUCUUUGGUGGGUCGCUUGCCGAAAAGACGCUUCGAGUCUCCUAUGAACCUAUGGUAAAUAAAGACCCCAAACCAACACACACUGGCUUUGUGUUGUUGAUUGGUUGAAACCGGUCGUCCCGAAGGUGGUGGUAGUCCAACGAUGACUAGACAACAACAACACACUCCACUAACCUUCCCAGCAGGUUGAGAUUACCUAAUAUGGCACAUGGUUUAUGAUCCGCGGAACUGGGAACUCUUGUGUGCGGAGGCUAACGCCACGCAGCGGGUCGUAAUGUUUUGAUCGUCGACAGAUAUCCGCUUCCUCCCCCGGUGCUCAGAGUCUCGCUAAGGGGAACGCCACUAACGCCUGCCUUUGAUUUGACGACGCGUGCAUUGCGUGUCAGAUAAUUAUUCAAUUAUCUCAGGUGUUUGGGAACGGUGAUUGACGCGAGGUGUCUCGCACGACGGCGAUAAUGUCCGGUGGGGUUGUCAACGCUUCCUGGCGUUGAUAAAAACAACAGCAACACACUCAACCCAAUCCCUGUGUUAGGGGGGAACUCUUGUGGUCGUCGUCGCUACUCGGGAGAUAAGUAUAGGCCAGAGCUCGUGUUUUAGGUACGCACACGCAUGAGAAUAAGGGGUUGCCAUCGGAGUUGCCACCCUCUCUAAAGCAGCCGAAAGAACAGCAAAAGCACACUGGUGCCCGACCGACUGUGUUGUGACUGUGGCUGAGUUCUGCGCGAGGUUCGUAUCGGCUGGCUUGGAGAUAUCGCCCCACUCGUCCGCCCGAUUGGUGCAGCCGGAGCAGCUUCCAGCGUUGAUCGGUGUUGCGAGGAUGCGCUCGCCGGACAGUGUGCUGGUGCGUGGCGACGAGUGCGAUACGCUGUCGGUAGUGCGCGCGUAGUUGGUACAGUGACACGAUUACGGAACGAUAAUUAAGUCCGCCGAAAGCAAAGAGACGAUUAGUGAACAUUUACUGCAAAAGAAGACACACCAAGUGUAGUUUGUGAAACGGUGCAGUAGGCAAAGGAACGGAAGCUCAACCAACUCAACAAUCAAGAACGGCGAGUGCUGACAACACACAGUGAAUCAUCAUGGCGACCUUGCUGAAGAACGUUACCAACAGUAUAUGCCAUGCGUUCAAUGCUUUGCAGCAGAACCGGGACGGAUUCGUGAGCAAAUCGAAGCUGAAGGUGCUAACGGCUAACAUUGCAACGCUGCUCGAUCUGUACGGUGUGGAGCGGGGACUGGACCACUUCCGGUCGACGGCAACACUGAACUUUGAGCACUAUCGGUACUACCUGGCGCAGGAGGUGUUUGCUGGCGUGUCGAACGAGCUGCCACUGGCGGCGUUGCGCAAUUAUGAAACCAAAAUCGAUGAGGUCUGUUGGUUAGUGUGCCGGAUGAAUUUCCCGGCCAACGAUCAGUACUACACGGAGGAGGCCGUGUACAAGCUGUUCCGCAUAUUCUGUCUCGUGGCCGACCUGUCCACCGACGCGUCCGAGCCCGAUCUCUACACGGUCAAGAUCCACCCGAUGGAGGCGCUGAUCAUCAUCAAGCAUCUGCUGAACGCGCUCGGGCUGAACUACGACGGCGACGGCAAGUACGACUACCUGCGCACCUCGGAGGAGUCGCUCGAGUUUGGCGAGCUGCUCGAGAUGCUGCGCUUCAAGAACUACGACAAGGUGAACGACUACCGCGAAUCGAUCUGCGAAGCGAUCGGCGACAUGUACCAGACGCUGAUCGAGGACGUGAUCAAGAAGGGCUACCUGUCGCGCCGUGGCUACGUGCUGCCGACGUUCCGCGAGUACUUCUUCGUGCUGCAGCCGUGCGAGCUGUCCUACUACAAGCACCCAGCGGAUCGGGAGGUUUGCGGCACGAUCGUGCUGGACUCGCGCUUCAUGGUGAAGCCGGCGGGCAACCCGAGCUCGGGCAAGCAGGAGAAGGUGCAGCGCUUCACGCUCGUGUCGGGCGACCGGACGUACGAGCUCGGGACGCACGAUCACAAGACGCGGCUGCAGUGGAUCGCCGCCCUCCAGCUAGCGAUCACGUACUCGACCGGGCGGGAAGGGUUCCAGCGCGACACGGUGAACCGGCGCAAGCAGCAGCGCGAAGCGGAGCAGCGCCGUCGCCGGGAAGAGGAACAGCUGCGCAGCCAGCAUCUGCGCCGGCUGGAGGAAACGCACGUCCAGCUGGAGCGCGAGAAGCAGGCCCGGCUGGCGGCAGAAUCACAGGCCCGCCAGUACGAGGCCGUCGCCCGGGAGGAUUCGCGCCGCGUGGCCGAGCUGGAGGACGUGAAGCUGUGCCUGGAGAAGAUGCUGGAGGACGAGAUACAGGCCAAGCGGGACGAGGAGAUUGUACGGGCGCUGCAGGCGCGCGUGCUGGCCGAGGAGUGGGAAAAGCGCGAAGAGCUCGAGCAGCUGCAGGCGGAGCAGAAGAGCCUGCUGGAACAGGAGCGCCAGAAGCGGAUGGAGUUCGAGCAUCGGCAGCAGGAGAACGAGCAGAAGCUGCUCGAGGCGGAAGGGAUGCUGCGGCAGCUGGAGGAGGAGCGCAAACGGCUGGACCGGGAGCUGAAGCUCGCCCGGCAGAAGAUACAGCUGUCGGAGGACAACAAGGGCAUCGUGGAGGCAAAACUGCAGGCCAUGUCUCCCACCUACCGGACCAGCGCAGGCGAGUUCAUGAUCCGCCGGACGCAAUCGUUCGUCGCGGCCGAUCGACCAGUGCUCGUAGCCGGCACCAGAUCUUCCCAUCGGUUUAGCUAGAGAAGAACCAAGUCAUCCAUCGCCCCUUGCAACACGCUUCAUGUAUGCUUCGAUGUAAGCGUAUAUUUGGUAUGGCGUCUACGUAUUCUACAGUGUAAGCACUAAUCACACCAUUCCACACACACACACACACACACACACACACACAGACACAAACCCUCGUAAGCUUAAGAAGAAUUUAUUUAAUAAAAGUUUAACAGAAAUCUGACA